GGGUCCAGUCCUGAUCCAGUCAAAUUUUUAAUCUCUUUUCUCUCAUCAUCAUAAACAUUAACACAAACACAAACAGCUGUUCUGUUCCAGUUCCUCUCCCAUUUUUACACCACUCUCUCUUUGACUUUCCUUUUUCCAAUCAUCCCAACUUAAAUAAACAAACAUCAACUUAAACAAAAACAGCUGCUCUGCUCCUCCUCCUACACUUUCUUAACUUACAGAUCUAUCUAUCUAUAUCAAGGUCAUAUCUUUAUCUCUCUCUCUAUAUAUUUUUUUCAUGUGAAUCCUAUCUGGGUUUGUGUAUUAGGGUUUAGACCCAUGAUGCUUUUUAAGGAUCUAUAAGAUCUGUUUGGAUCAUCUGAACUUAGUGUGUGUGUGUUUUGUGGACAUGGGUUCUUCUGUUUGUGAUACAGUGUACUAUGUUUGUGUAUCAAAUGUAGGCAAGAUUUUGUAUGCAUAUAAUAGUAAUAGUGUUGGAGAUAUUGAUAUUGAAAAUUUAGCUACUUUAUGUUUAGAAAAAGCUCCUUCUCAUCAUAAAUGGUAUUUUCAAACCAUGUUUAAAAAGACUUUUGGGUUUUUAAUGGAAAGUGAUGGCUUUGUUUAUUUUGCUAUUUUUGAUGAGAAUUUUGGAAAUGGUAAAAAGCUUGAGGUUUUAGGACAUGUUAGAGAUGAGUUCAAGAAAGUUGUUGCCAAAAAAGGGUUGAAACGAAUCUUGGCAAACCCGAAUUCUGUUGCUUUGCAAGAACAGAUGUUGCCUAUUGUGAGGCGUUUGAUUGCGUCGUUUGAACCUGUUGUUGGGUCGGGCUUUAAUGAUGGGUUGUCACCUUCCCCUGUUAAUGAUAGUAAUGGGCAAAGUGAUACGAGUGGUUCGACGAAAGCGCCUUUGUUAGGGAAGUCGAUUAAGCAAGAGAAGAGAAAGACGAGGGAUCAUGUUAUUUCGGUUAGAGAAAACGGGGUGGUGGAGGAUCAUAGGAAGUCUGCAGAUAAAGGUGGUUCUAAGGUGGAUUCUUCGAGUGUGGAUCCCGAUAAUCAAGGUGGUGGUUCUGUUGUGGGGGUUUCGUUGACUAAAGAAGUGAGUUCAAUGACUAGAUCGAGUAAUCAAACUGUACGGACUAAGUGGUGUCGUCAAGUUCGUAUUGUGCUUGCAAUUGAUAUUGUCAUUUGUUUGAUACUGUUUAUUGUUUGGAUAGUGGUGUGUCGUGGUACUGAAUGUCUUCGUUGAAAAUAUGUUCCCCUGUGAAGGAAUCACAAAUACACGUCUAUGUUCUUUGGAUUUCGUUGCGAUAGUAUAUGGAAGCCGCACGUGAUUCCAGAUUUGAGAUUCAAACGUUACAAGGUAUUGGCUCUCCUGGUUAUGUUCAUAACAGCUUUGUGGUUUAAACAUUUUUGUACAUUUAUCAAAAAUCUUAUUUAUUGUACAUUAUCUUGUUGCACUGAAAUUAAAAACUACUGGAUGGAGAUUUUGUGAUUGAUCCUUAACCCCCAUCUGCUUUGUUACAUUAUAUAAUUUUACCAUUUUUUGUUACAAUAUGAGAAUUUAUCA